UGGGGCUCGGCUGGCCCGCCUGGCUCAGGGCUGCGGGCCUCCCAGCCGGGGACUCUGCGCCUGCGCCCGCCCCGGCCGCUGCCCGCUCUACCGGCGCCGCCGUGGUCCCGGCUGCGGCGCGCCGCCUGGGUGUCUGGGCGAUCCAUGGGCAGCGGCGAGGGCCACGAUGACAGACUACGGCGAGGAGCAGCGCAACGAGCUGGAGGCUCUGGAGUCCAUCUACCCCGACUCCUUUACAGUAUUAUCAGAAAACCCUCCUAGUUUCACCAUUACUGUGACAUCCGAGGCUGGAGAAAAUGAUGAAACUGUACAGACUACCCUCAAGUUUACAUACAGUGAGAAAUACCCAGAUGAAGCCCCCCUUUAUGAAAUAUUCUCCCAGGAAAAUCUAGAAGAUAAUGAUGUCACAAGCAUCUUAAAAUUAUUAGCAUUACAGGCAGAAGAAAACCUUGGUAUGGUGAUGAUCUUUACUUUGGUAACAGCUGUCCAAGAAAAAUUAAAUGAAAUAGUGGAUCAAAUAAAAACUAGAAGAGAAGAAGAAAAAAAACAAAAAGAAAAAGAAGCAGAAGAAGCCGAAAAGCAAUUAUUUCAUGGCACUCCUGUUACAAUUGAGAAUUUCUUAAGUUGGAAAGCCAAGUUUGAUGCAGAACUCUUGGAAAUUAAAAAGAAACGAAUGAAAGAAGAAGAACAAGCAGGAAAAAAUAAAUUAAGUGGGAAACAGCUAUUUGAAACAGAUCAUAAUCUUGACACAUCUGAUAUCCAGUUCUUGGAGGAUGCUGGAAACAAUGUGGAGGUAGAUGAGUCUUUGUUCCAGGAAAUGGAUGACUUGGAGCUGGAGGAUGACGAGGAUGAUCCAGACUACAAUCCUGCUGACCCGGAGAGCGACUUGACCGAUUGAUGGACCAUCCCCGUCUGCAGAGGCUUGACUGCCACAGCAUCUGUGGCUAUGCCGAGAGGGUGUUGAUUUUCCUUCCUUUUUUUCUAAGAAAAAAACAAUUUUCAGGAGAAUAUUCUUCUGAAAGCUUUCAUCAAUGAACUAAUAAACUGACCUUAAAAUUUCAAAUAUAAAAUGUUCAGUUCCUCUUAUU